GGAUAUUGUGCAUUCACCACAUUUGAAACUGAAGCAGGCAAAAGAUGUCCGGUGGCUGUCCCAUCAUGCUGCUGUAGAUGCACUGAGGAAAACACUACCUGCAGUUAUCAUGAGUCUAGAGAGGGAGGCCUCGGAAAGACAUGAGGCUGUGGCCCUUGGGUUGGCAACUUUUGCCAAGACGUAUGAUUUUGUUGCCACACUCUUGAUGUUGUGUGAUGUUCUCCCACUGCUUGCCAGAUUGUCCAAAAUAUUUCAGGCAAGUUUUAAUUUCCCCUUUUUUUUUUUAGACGUGAGCGGCUCAGGCAAAAGUAGGCUUUUGUGCCCCGCCCCCAAACAUCGAUGGCACACUAGCAUCACUAAAAAGCUCCAAGACAGUGAGGGAGGACAAUAUCUUCACACAACUGACCAGGUCAUCGACGAUUUGAGAGAACAGAAAAUCAUCAUCAAGACAGGGGACAGGGAGAAGUUCAUGAAACAGAUCUUCAAGAAGUAUUUGGCCAAAGUGAUUGAAAACAUUGAGCAGCGAUUCCCAGAUAACCACAUCCUGAAAGCGUUCAAUGUUUUCAAUCCAGCUGAUGUGGACCUGCAACAAUACCUGGAACUGGAGACCCUGUGCGACAGGUUCAGCAUUGACUUUGAGGGAGCAAGAGUCGAGUAUGAUGUUUUAAUUAACCUCAUGCACCAGGAAUACUUGACUCUAACUCCCUCUGAAAUGAUGCAGACCAUCACUUCAAGGCUGGGAGACAUCAUGCCAUUGAUGGCUAAACUAGCAGCAGUUGCUCUGGUGUUGCCAGUUUCCACUGCAGGUAGACCUAACUUUUAACAAUCUUUG